UUUGAGAAUAAUAUUUGCAACAUGGUGGUUUUUCAUAAUGAUUCUUACUGCAUUUUACACUGCAAAUUUAACGGCAUUUUUGACUUUAAACACUUUUACAUUACCGAUCAAUAAUAUUAGAGAUAUUGGAAGGAAAGGAUAUACAUGGUGUACACAAGUGAAUGCGGUGGAUAAUAUAACAAACGAUCCAACUGAAGAGUUGUCGAAGGCAUUAGUUGGUUCAACUAAAAAAGUGGUAAAUACUUCUGAUACAAUAAAUUUCAUGAAUAACUACGUUAUUGGAAAAAAUUAUUUGUUUAUUGCCGAAAAGCCCCUGAUAGAUAUUUGGUUGUAUAAAGCGUAUGUGAAGAAAGUUGCAUUUAAUCCAAAUGAUGUUCUGUCAGACUGUCCAUUUGCUGUUACCGAUUGGAGUUUACUUACAACAUCAAUUGCUUUUGCUUACUCUAAAAAAUUUACGUACACCUUCUUGUUUGACAAAGCGUAAGUAUUCAUCUAAUAAAUAACA